CCAGCAUGCAUUUCGGCACAACAACAUGGUUGCGCACAUCAUCACUUGUUAAGGAUAGAGUGUUUUAUUAAAGCGUUUUGCAGCGAUGCUGAGUUUUUUCUUGUAUAUCUUACCUUUCACGAGUUGCGUGUCUGCCUUGGACGCCACAGUGUCCCAGCAUGCCCACAGUCCCACUGAGAGCUGCGUCAUGUGGAUAUGGCACUACAGGUUGUACUUGUAUGCAGCUGCUGCUCUCGUCUUUGGGAUCUGGUUCUCUGUGAAGACCGUCCUGAGGAAGAAAAGCUUCUCCAAAGACGUCGGCUCAUUGGUCCUCAAAGCGGUGAAGAAGGACGACUGCUCGGGCAGAGACGCCGUGGUUCAUGUGGCCGCUGUUAAAAUCUUCUACGGCUCGCAAACUGGAACAGCAAAGGGCUUUGCAAAGGAGCUGUCAGAAGAGGUGGAGACGUUGGGAAUACCAGCGGAGGUGAUUGACAUGAAAGACUACGAUCCAGACGAUCAUCUUGCAGAGGAGUGCGCCAACAAGUCGGUCUGUGUGUUUCUCGUGGCGACCUACACCGACGGCCGGCCCACAGAGAACGCCGAGUGGUUCUGUAAGUGGCUGGAGGAGGCAUCCACCGACUUCAGAUACGGAAAGACGUUCCUCAAAGGCCUCAGAUACGCAGUGUUUGGUCUCGGGGACUCCGUCUAUAGUGGUCACUACAACAUGGUGGGUAAAAACGUGGACAAGUGGCUGUGGAUGCUGAGCGGCGUAAGGAUCAUGACCCGGGUAGAGGGCGACUGUAAUGUGGUCAAGAGCCGUAAUGGCAGCAUCCAGGCCGACUUCCUGGCUUGGAAGAUCAAGUUCCUGAGCCGUCUGCAGGCUCUGGCCAAAGGCGAGAAGAAGAGCUGCAGGGGGAACUGUAAGACCGGAGGCUCCUGCAAGAACAAGAAGAAAGAGGAAGAGCAGCAAGAAGAGGAAGAGGAGGAGGAGGAGGAGCUUAACAGAUCUAAGGAGGAUCUGAUGGAGUCGAGCAGUGAUGAGGAGUCUGGCGAGCAAAAAGAGAAAAGGUCAGGUUCCGUGGUCGACAUGGAGGACCUGGGCAACAUCAUGAGCAGCGCCAAGAAAGCAAAGAGCAAAGCUGAAGGUGGAGGAGACGGCCCGAUGGUGAAGCUCUCCAAGUUAAACGGAGUGAAGAAGGUUGUAGAUGAAGAGGAGAGGAGAGAGAUGAUCACGCCCGCUCUCAGAGACGCACUGACAAAGCAAGGGUACAAACUCAUCGGAAGUCACUCAGGAGUGAAACUCUGUCGAUGGACCAAGUCUAUGCUGCGAGGGAGAGGAGGCUGCUACAAACACACUUUCUAUGGUAUCGAGUCUCAUCGCUGCAUGGAGACCACCCCCAGCCUCGCCUGUGCUAACAAGUGUGUCUUCUGUUGGAGACAUCACACCAACCCUGUGGGCACCGAGUGGCGCUGGAAGAUGGACCCUGCUGAGACCAUCCUACAGGACGCAGUGGACAAACACCAGAACAUGAUUCGACAGUUCAGAGUUGUCCCAGGAGUGAAGCCUGAGCGGUAUGAGGAGGGUUUGAAAGUCAAGCACUGCGCCCUCUCCCUGGUGGGUGAGCCAAUCAUGUAUCCUGAAAUCAACACCUUCAUCCGCCUCCUCCACUCCCACAAUAUCUCCAGUUUCCUGGUCACCAACGCACAGUUCCCACAGGAAAUCAGGUAAGGGCAAAACAAACACACACAGCCUGCAGG